GCACUGUGACGCUUUCAACUGCCCUGCUGUCUUUCUCCACGUGUUCCCGACGCUUCCUUAAACCCCGCCCCUUCCAUGCCAUAUCGCUUCCCCCAUUGGCCGUGAACAUCAGUCAAAACAAAACGGGCCCUCCCACGUUAUGUUGUGACGUCACAACUCCGUCCCAACACGGAAAUGCAUGUUUACUCUUGCAAUGCCUUGUCAGUAGUUGAGUUAAAAAUGAGACCGCUAUCUUAAAACCAGGAACAUCCACCUGUUGUGAUGUGAAACAGACGCUUUGAUACGACGCGUGGACUUGUGGAGCCUUGCUCUGAGAUUUCGAGGGGCAGUUCGACCUUUGGUUUUGAGUUCAGUUCGUGGCUGUCAUGAAGGCUUUGGGGUGCGCGCUGCUGUGCCCUCUGCUUCUCUCCUGGCAUAUAUGGCAGGUGAUGGGGGUGAAGACAGUCACCCUUCCAGAAUCACUUCUGUUCAUCUCAACGCUGGAUGGCAGUCUGCAUGCUGUCUCCAAACAAACAGGAGACAUCAAAUGGACUCUAAAAGAAGACCCUGUCAUUCAAGUGUCCUUAAAUAUCACUGAGCCAGGUUUUCUCCCAGACCCCAACGAUGGCAGCUUGUACAUUCUUGGUGGCAAACGCAAAGAAGGCUUGAUGAAACUUCCAUUCACAAUUCCGGAGCUGGUCCAGUCUGCUCCCUGCAGGAGCUCUGAUGGUAUCCUCUAUACAGGCAAAAAGCAGGAUGUGUGGUUUGUCGUUGAUCCUGAAACAGGAGCAAAGCAAACCAGUAUAACAACAUCCUCCUCUGAUUCCAUGUGUGCCAACACUCCACUGAUGUACAUUGGACGCACAGUAUUUUCCGAUUUCCAUAUUGCAGAGUACAUGGUUACCAUGUUUGAUACCAAGAAGCAGGAGCUGCGAUGGAAUGCAACAUACAACGAUUACUCUGCUCCACCCUAUGAUGAGAAACUCGACUAUAGAAUGGCUCAUCUUGUGUCCAGUGGCGAUGGCCUUGUUGUCACUGUUGACAGAGCGUCAGGUGACGUGCUUUGGAGUCAGAACUACGGCUCACCCGUGGUGGGGGUCUAUCUUUACUCGGGUGAAUCACUCAGACACGCCCCACACCUGUCGCUUGCCCUUGAGACGCUGCGCUACCUCACGUACUCCUCCCCAGUCGACAAGCAGACAGACGUCUAUUCUACUCUGAAGUGGAGCUACCAGUUUGUGAAGGAGCAAGCCAGCACACAAACACAACUUGUGCCCACUCUAUACGUAGGAAAACUGGCCUCUCAUUUCUAUGCUUCCCCUUCCCUUGUUCACCAAGGAUUUUCCUUAGUGCCUCGGGGUCUGACUUUGGCUCGUAUUGAGGGUCCAAAGACGGCCGGUGUGACUGUCAGCGGGCAAGGGGAGUGUGAAAUCAUGCCAUCCACUGAUGUGCGCUAUCCUCCUGGGAGCACUAACACCUGGAAAAACCACUGGUUAUUAAUAGGGCACCACGAGCUCCCUCCAGUAGCACACACCACCAUGUUAAGAGAGUUCGGAGUCAAUUUGCCACGUUCCGGUGAUGCUGUCAUUCCUUCUCGACCUUCUGCUUCUCCGUCCUCACCCACCUCUACCUACAACCAGCGCCAUUUCUGGUCACUAGGCUGGGGCAACAGCAAAGAUGUUGGAAUAGUUGGCAACAGGAGAUCGGGAGAGCCCCAGAAUUCCGCCACUGUGUGUCACUUGACUGUGGCACAGGACUACAUGGCUGUAGCUGUGCUGACCAUAUUGCUGGGAGGAUGGUUUGCAUUUGCCCUCGCAUGCAUUCGAGUACCCAUUAAGGUAGAGGCUCAAUGGCAAAAGCUACAGGAAGUUUUUGAAUCUUGUGUCCACUAUACACAGAGCAAGACACCGACAGCGACCCCUGAUUCUUCUGACUUCUCAGUUUCCACCAACACAAGCAUAUCAAGCAACUCGCAGCAUGCAGCAGCAGAAACUACUUCUUACUUUCACAGCAGUAGAGGCUCAAGUGUGAAUAAAACCAGCACCUCAAAUUGUCCAACUGCCAGAGCAGAAAACAAUGAUGAGGUACAUGUUGGUAAGAUAUCUUUUAACACAUCCGAAUCCCUUGGGCAUGGCAACUCAGGAACAUUUGUCUUCAGGGGCAACUUCGACGGACGCCCUGCUGCGGUAAAGCGAAUCCUCCCCAAGUGUUACGAGUUGGCAGAGCGUGAAGUGCAGCUCCUGCGACAGUCUGACACUCAUCCCAAUGUCAUCAGGUACUUCUGUACUGAAAGGGACAGCCUCUUUACGUACAUUGCCAUUGAGCUGUGUGCCGCCACCGUGCAGCAGUAUGUGGAAGAUCCAUCUAAUUUUCCCGAGCUGAGUCCAAUUAUUUUGUUGGAGCAGACUAUGUGUGGCCUCUCACACCUCCACUCACUCAAUAUAGUCCAUAGGGACCUGAAGCCUCGGAAUAUCCUACUCUCCUUUCCCUGUACACUGGGUAAGGUCCGAGCUCUAAUUUCUGACUUUGGGCUGUGCAAAAAGAUCAAGGAUGGUCGGAGCAGUUUCUCCUUACGCUCGGGUGAACUCGGCACUGAAGGCUGGAUGGCUCCCGAGCUGAUGACAACUGUUGCUUGCAACAAAUUGACCACUGCUGUGGAUAUCUUCUCAGCAGGCUGCGUCUUCUACUAUGUGCUCAGCAGGGGUAAACACCCGUUUGGCGAAACUCUGAUGCGGCAAGGGAAGAUCCUGUCAGGCGAAUAUCAACUCCCAUAUUUCAUGCAGAAUUUACACGAGGACAUUGUGGCUCAGGACCUGAUCGAGAAGAUGAUCUCUGCUAAGGCGGCGUGCCGUCCCUCUUGUGCCCGCGUGCUUAAACAUCCCUUCUUCUGGAGCCCCGAAAAGCAGCUGCUCUUCUUUCAAGAUGUCAGUGACAGAAUUGAGAACGAACCACUUGAUGGUGAAAUUAUGGUUAAUCUCGAAAGCAACUGCCGAGGGGUGAUUCGGACUAACUGGAGGCUGCACAUCUCAGUACCACUGCAGAGGGACCUGAGACGUUUCAGGAAGUACAAAGGCAACUCGGUGCGAGAAUUGCUGAGGGCUUUGAGGAACAAGAAGCAUCACUACCAUGAGCUGUCGCCUGACGUGCAGGAGAGCCUCGGAGAGUUGCCUCAGGGCUUCGUGGGCUACUUCACCUCUCGCUUCCCAAUGUUAUUGAUGCACACACAUGCUGCACUGGAAGUGUGUGCAAAUGAGAAACCGUUUCACUCCUACUACAUGCCCCCUGGUUCCAAAUAGCAACCACACCAAUCUUACUCCUUGUUAUUGCUUUUAUAAAGCCGUUACUGCAUUUAGAUACACCAUAAGGUACUUUUGCUUGGUGUUAUAUACGGUAUGUAUUUGUUAACAGGCCUGAGAGAUGAAUUUAAAUGCUGAACACAUCAGUAACUGCUCUGAGUUACAUUAGGAAAACGGAUAUUUUGCUUUGUGGUUUUGAAGCGGUUUCAACAGCUAUUUCUAGCACUUGUUGCAAUAAUCAAUUGAGAACUUUUUUAUAUUUGAAACUUGUGCACUUGCGAAAGUAGCGACACUGACUGAAAAAAUGUAUUGACAUGAAAUUCUGCAGGUAUCCAUACAAACCACUGUGCUCCAUUCAGUAACUGACAUUUUUACUCAAACCUGCUGACAUUUAUUAAUCAAUUCAUCUGCACUGACAAGAAUGUGAUUUGUUUUGCUUAAUAACAUAAUAGGUUUUCGUUAGCAAAACGUAAAUACGUCCAGUACUACCCAAAAAAUAGAAUAUCAAGUAAAAGUUGAUUUAUUUUGGCAUAUUUAACGUAAAAUGAUGAAACCAAAAACUUUUUUUGACGUAUCUCAAGCAGUUCCUUGUAACUUUGCUGAUUAAGAUUUUUAGCUUACUAAAACCACAAACUCAGAAACUGUCAAAUGCCCCUCAGGGUUAUGGUAAGGGAAAGAAUCUUACUAAAAGACGUCAGACACAGGGAAGACUGCUGAUCUGAAAGUAUAUUCUAAUUUUCUGAGUUUUACCUGUAAAUCCCUCUGCUUCAGGUCAGUAGUGGCAGCAUUGUUACUGUACAUAUCUCAAGAAACUUGAUUUAUGUGACGAAAAGAGCUCCGACCUCAACUGGAUAUCAAGCUACUGGUAACAUUUUUCUUUGCUAAUUCAUGUUGUGGAAUUUUCAGGUUGAAAUGUGAAAAUCAUUACAUUUUAAUGUGAAAAAUAUCACAAUUUUUUUGUCUUAGUAAUUUAAUUGCUAUAAUAUUUUGAAAAAUUUUGGCCAAGUCUUGAAAUAAAUACACUACCGUUCAAAAGUGGGGGUCUAAGCGACCCCAAACUUUUGAACCGUGGUGUAAAUAAUGAAAAAUCACAUAUGAUACACUAUACGGUUCAAAAGUUUGGGUUUACAUAGACCCCAAACUUUUGAACGGUAGUGUAUAUUAGGAAGACCUAGGCACCAUUAGUGACCUGAGUCAAAGUUACCCUGUUAUUGCGUGAAACAUGGCACAAUUACUGACCCCCCCCCCCCCCCCCCCAACACAUAUAUACACACACACCAGCAAUACACUUCCAUACCUUUUUUUGAACUUGUUCUUAUGCUGUUUACUACGAGCAUGUUCUGCUGAACAAACAAUGUGGUAUUGACUGAUUUUCUAAAUUAAAUUUUCAUUCAUGAGUGGAGUCUGUUCCCUGUCUCUAAAAUAACGUUAAUCUCAUCUACCAGAGGCUUUAACCGUUUAUAGGGCACUUACACUAUGAAAUUCAAAAAAAUCUAUUGUAGUUUUAUUUGGUGUCAUAACCACAAUUUAUUUUCUAAAAUUUCCAAUAUCGCAAGGAAAUGCCCCCUUGAAACUAAUAACUGGUUGUGAAACCCUUGACAGCAAUAACUAAAAUCGGGCAUUUGCGAGAACUGGUGAUGAGUCUUUCAUAUUGCUGCACAGCAUUCAUUGCAGAUUUUCUUUUCCACUUUGUCAUAAUUUUGGGUUUUUCUUGCAUGAACUGCAAGGUCACACUAAAGCAUCUCAUUUUGGAUUUAAAGCUGGACUUUUACUUUGCCAAUCCAAUACCUUUUUUUUUUCAUUUAAACAAAAAUUGUUUAACCAUUUAAAGGUGGACUUGCUGGUGUGUUUCGGAUUUUUGUCCCGCAUUUAAGGGCACAAACUAAUGACCGAAGAGUUUCGUUCGAAUUGUCCAACUGAAACGGUAUCUGGGGGGUCUUAAAGAGCAUACGACAUGAGAAAAAAAAUAGCUUAAAUAGCAUUAUUAUGUAAAUUAGAAUCAUAUUUUGAGACGAUUCGACUCUAUACAACUAUUUAGCAAAGCGCUGAUGACGAGAAAUUAGUCUUUUAAUCUGCCGGUUAGCCACGCCUAGCAUUAUAGGGCUCUAGCGUCUCCAACAGGUGGAUGACGUCAGCGGGAGACUGGGCUCAUCGGUUUUACUAUUCAGCUCAUUGAGGGGGAAUUAUUCAGAACGAGGAAAACGCGAUGAAGAAAAUGUCAUUGUUUCAGUCUCUCCAAUAUUUUUACAGGAUAUUCUUUUUAUCCAAGUAUUUUUCCCCAAUAGCUAAAUAAAUGGCUUGAGAAGGACCAGUCAGCCCGUUGAGGGGGAACAAAUCACAACGAGGAAAAUGCGACGAAGAGAGCUGCAAAAUGUCAUUGUUUCUGGUGUGACAGCUAGCCGAC